AUGCCUACACCCAUGGCCCUCAAGAUUGACUUGGAGGCUGGGCCUGACCAUGCAUAUGAAGAAGCAUCAGGUGCAGAUGAACAGGCACCAGGUGCAGAUAAGGAGGUAUCAGGUGUUGAUGAACAGGCAACACGUGCAGAUGAACAGGCAUCAGGUGCAGAUGAACAGGCAUCUGUUGCAGAAGAACAGGCAUCAGGUGCAGAUGAACAGGCAACAGGUGCAGAUGAGCAGGCAUCAGGUGCAGAUGAACAGGCAUCAGGUACAGAUGAACAGGCAACACAUGCAGAUGAACAGGCAUCAGGUGCAGAUGAGCAGGCAUCAUGUGCAGAUGAACAGGCAUCAGGUGCAGAUGAACAGGCAACACAUGCAGAUGAACAGGCAUCAGGUGCAGAUGAGCAGGCAUCAGGUGCAGAUGAACAGGCAUCAGGUGCAGAUGAGGAGGCAUCAGGUGUUGAUGAACAGGCAACAUGUGCAGAUGAACAGGCAUCAGGUGCAGAUGAACAGGCAUCUGUUGCAGAAGAACAGGCAUCAUGUGUAGAUGAACAGGCAACAGGUGCAGAUUAG